CCUGACGCAACCAGGAUUCAAAGAUGGCGCCAACAGGGCUCCGGUUCCGGCGAUCGCCGCGAGAGGUCGGGCCGGCUCGGCCGCGUCCCGUAUACACGGAGUUUCCAGGCCCUGAACUUAGUCGCGCGCGGUGAACGUUCCGUUGUACCGUCGAAUCUUCGCGCGCGUCCCGUCGUAAGUGACAGUUCGAAAAUCCGUUUCGCCGUGAGGACAGAAGGGAAACGCGAUCGCUUCCGUCGGGCGGCGCGUCGUCUAGAUCGUGAACGGGGGCGGCGGCGCGCGCGCACGCACGCCUCGCGGUUCGUCAGCGUAUCGCGCGGUAUAAACGCGAGACCGCGAAACAACACCGUGGUAAUCUCGUGCGAGGCGCGUUCUCGCGUGCAGGCUGAGAGAACUGGUCGGCGACUGGUCGCGUUCGAGCGACACGGACUUCACGGUGUACACCGUUCAGUCACGUGGCAUCCAUCGGGAAAUUAAAACGGCUCGCGAACAUAGUGGAACAGAGUGAAAGAAGAAGUGCGGUAUCUAUCGGCCGAUACACGUCGCGAUGUCAACAACCGGACAGCGGGACGCGAGAGAGCGCGAGGAAAGAGGAUCGUUGUCUGUCGCCUAUAAACACGACACUGGUGCGUGCCGGGCCGAGUAAUGUAAGAAACAUAGCCGUCGGACUUUGUUUACAAUCGGUUCCGUAGCUUAUCGCCGAAAUUCAUCGCUGAUCGUUCACGUGGAUCGGCGGGAUCGCGCCGUGCGUCGCGCUCCGUGUACGCGACCGGCUCCGUGAACUGAACGCUGCCGAGCCGUUAGAAGAGAUUGUGUGAAUCGUGUGGUUCGUGCGUAACAGGGAAGCGGAGAGAGUACGGGGAGAGUAAGUGAGUGAGAUAGCGAAAGCGAGAGCUAGAGAAAGAGAGAAAGAGAGAGAGAGGAGUGGAGCGGUAAACGACAUAUUCCAAAUGCGUCUUGACCGGAAGUUGAGGAUCGUCGCAUUGGCAGGGUGGCAGAGGAUGCUCGGCUCGAGGGCAGCGGCGGGAGACGAGGUCGCAGCAGUAGCAGUAGCGCGCGUCAGGCGCUUCGGUAGCAGAGGUUCUCACUGAGCUGGCUUACCCUGCGGUGGAUUUAGGGGGCUGUAUGGAGGCCGGGGGGCUCCUGCCCCGCCAGCCCCCGCAAGGCCCCCCCGGCAACGCGCCUGGCCCGAUCUCGGUCUGCGUGGGCCAGGCACCACCGAACAACGGCAACAACAACACCAACAACGUGGUGGUGAGCAACGUGAUCGGCCAAUCGGCCGGCAUCCACGAUCUGAACGCGGCCGGACAGUUGAACGUGACCGGUCAACAGCUGCAGCUGCAGCAACAAAUGGGUCAAGCACCUGGUAUGGGUGAGGUGCUCACCCCCAAGAGACAAGCUGUCGUCGAUCGUCUCCGACGGCGGAUCGAGAAUUAUCGCAGAAGGCAGACCGACUGCAUACCCAGAUUCGAUCAGAGUUUCAACGGGCUCUGCGAACAGAACAUACAAGAUACGUUGGUGCUCAAGCAACGAUUCCUCGAGAGCAAGGCGAAACGACAGGCCAAGAAGACGGAUAAGAAGCAGAGCGACCCGGUCGGACUAUCCAGCAUUCACGUGGUGAGUCAUUUCACUAUACUCGCGCUGUGUUGCUGCUGCUCCGGCGCACGGAGCUAGCUCUCUUUCGUACGA